AUGGAGUUGAAGCUAAACGGAUUCGUUCUGAAGGUGCAAGCAACGCCGGAGACAUCGGGAGAGGUGACGGAGGUAGUCGUAAACGUGAAGAAGGGAGCGGAGGAGUUAGUAGCUCGAAUAACGAAACAAGGCGAGGAAAUGGCAGCUCUGAAGCGAGAGGUAUACGAAAUGAGACGCGCGAUGGUGAAGGGGGCGCUGGAGUUGAUGGGAGCGGCGGAGAACCACAGCGCGGGCAGUGCGGCGGCAGGAGAGGACGGUGAGGCGCUUUCAGCGCAGCCGCCGCCGAAGGGCGAGGCGCUUAUGGUUCUGGUGGAGGCCAUGAUCGCGGCGCGGGUGAAGGACGUGCGGGACGAGCUCGAGUCGCAAGAGAAGGGAUUGAAGGAGCAGGUGGAGGCGGCGAGAGGCGAGGCGAGGGACGCGGCGAGCGAGGUGAGGGCGGUGUUGAAGCAGCAAGCGGCGGAGAUGGCGGACGUGCGCGCGACAGCGGCGCACAUUGACGCGCGGAUGAACGACGUGGAGCUGGCGGUGGCGGAGUGGAAGAGCGCGCGGGAGAAGCCGCGUGCCGAGCGAAGCGACGACAGCGACGGCAGUGCGAAGGAGCAUGCAGAGACGGAGAGGCGCGAGGGGAAAAAGAGGAAGAGGGAGGUGGCGGGGAAAGGGGAUGAUGACAAUGCGGCUUCUUAUGAAAAGCGAGAUGAAGCGGAUAACUCACAGCGGAAGGCGGAAUGGCAGGAGGUGAAGAAGACGGUCGAAGCAGUGGAAAGCAGAGUGGCGAAGCUGGAGAAGACGAGUGACGAGGGGAAGAGGGUGUGGGAGGCAAUGCUCACUCUCUGGGAGGCAGCAGCGCCAGAGCAGACUCACAUUGUCCUCAGCGGCAUCUCCUGCCUCACUUACGCUGCUCUCACCCGCCUUGCCUCGUUGCGCCACCUCACACUCGUGGACCUCGAUGGCUCCUCUGGUUUCACAGCAGCAGGGAUGAGGAAGCUGUACUCCCUCACAGAGCUGGAGCAUCUGAUACUUGGGGCCACCAAUGCAACUGAUGCUGCUCUGGAAGGGAUUUCCCGGCUGAAGAACCUACAAAUUCUCGUGCUUGACAACACGAGUAUCACAGACGUGGGAGUGGCGAGGCUGCAAGAGCUGUGUGCUCUCACGGCGCUGUGCGUGAGCGGAUGUGCGUCUGUCACAUCUGCCAGCAUGGUGCAUGUGGGCAGAACGACAGCAUUGCAGUGGCUCACAUUGAAUGGUACUGGAGUCAAGGAGGAUGGGCUGCAGCAUCUGACUGCCCUCACAUCUCUCAAGUUCUUCACUCUGCCUCCAGGAGUGACCGACUCGGGCUUAAAGCAUCUGAGGAACAUGAAACGGCUGGAGAAGCUGGGGAUGAGGGGUGCUAGCAUCACUGCGUCAGGUAUGAAGUGGCUCCAGGGCCUUCCUAGCCUCCGAAGGAUUGGAACUUCUUCGUACGAGAUGGAGGAAUUGAUUAGGGACAUCCUUCCCGGAGUAAUUGCUACAUCAGGUCCCCUUAAUUCGUGGUGCACAGGAAAAUACGCUUAUUGCCUGUUGCGAUGA